CCAUUGGUGUCUCUGUCAUUACUAAUAGACUCUUGUAAACACGCGUUAAUCACGUAAGGUCGUCGGCUUGGGGCUCCGCACGCCAGCCUCUGGCGGGUCUUCCCCGCCUCCGCAGCCAAGUGGGAGGAAAGGCCGGCAGGGAGGGAGGAGGACGGCCAGAGAGAGGGACCGCCGCGGAGGCAGGAGCGCCGCGAAGAGCCCGCGGACACAGCCGGCCCGGGCGCAGCCACCCGCCGUUCCUCUCGCCCCUCGGCCCUUCCCCUUCGUGCGCCCGGCAGCCUUCAGCGUCGGUCCCCAGGCAGCAUGGUGAGGUCUGCUCCCAGGCCCUCGCCACCAUGUACGUGAGCUACCUCUUGGACAAGGACGUGAGCAUGUACCCCAGCUCCGUGCGCCACUCUGGUGGCCUGAACCUGGCGCCGCAGAACUUCGUCAGCCCCCCGCAGUACCCGGACUACGGCGGCUACCACGUGGCGGCCGCAGCCGCGGCUGCUGCGAACUUGGACAGCGCGCAGUCUCCCGGGCCGUCGUGGCCCGCCGCUUACGGCGCCCCGCUCCGCGAGGACUGGAAUGGUUACGCGCCGGGGGGCGCAGCGGCCGCCGCCAACGCCGUGGCGCACGGCCUCAACGGGGGCUCCCCGGCCGCCGCCAUGGGCUACAGCAGCGCCGCCGACUACCACCCGCACCACCACCCGCACCACCCGGCCGCCGCGCCUUCCUGCGCCUCGGGAUUGCUGCAGACGCUGAACCCCGGGCCGCCUGGGCCCGCCGCCGCCGAGCAGCUGUCCCCGGGCGGCCAGCGGCGGAACCUGUGCGAAUGGAUGCGGAAGCCGGCACAGCCGUCACUCGGGAGCCAAGGUGAGCGGCGGCGGCCCGCCGAAGGGCGCCCUAGGAAGGGCCCGGCCGGCCGCGCUCACAGGGGCGUCCCGGGCUUUGGCCCUCGCGGCUUCUCUAGCUCCGGCGCGGGGAUUGCAGAGGGGAUACUUGGGGUCUCGUCACAACUCUUCAGUUGA